AUAAACAAAUCUGAAUUAACCUAGAAAUUUUUAGAAGCUCACAAACCUCAAAAUCAAGCGUCGAUGUUUUAAUUAUUUAAACAGGAAUUAAAAAACAUAAUUAAAAUGAGUAGCGGGAUGCUAUAUGGUGGUGAUGAAAUAGGAGCUUUAGUCUUCGAUCCUGGACAUCAUUCUUUACGUGUAGGAUACGCUCAAGAAGACACUCCUAAGGCCGAAAUACCUUCUGUUAUCGGGGUAGCACCUGAACAAGUAAAAUUGGAACCAGAAGCGAAAGCAGACGACAGCAAUGUUUCUUCAACCCCUUCAUCAUGGAAAUACUAUAUUGAUACUAUAUACUUACAUAAACCUAGACCAAAUAUGGAACUUCAUAGUUAUAUGAAAGAUGGUAUGAUUGAAAAUUGGGAUUAUUUUGAAAAAAUGAUGGAUUAUUCUUACUCAAAGAUCAUCCAAUCUGAAUCACAUUAUCAUCCAGUUCUGUUCUCUGAAUCACCUUGGAAUCAGAGACAAAAACGUGAAAAACUAACUGAGAUUAUGUUUGAAAAGUAUAAAGUACCAGCAUUUUAUUUGGUAAAGAAUGCAGCUUUGGCUGCAUUUGCAAACGGAAGGGCAACAGCUCUUGUUAUUGACAGUGGGGCCACUCACACUUCAGCAGUGCCUGUCUUAGAUGGUUAUGUUAUUUCAAAUGCAGUUGUGAAAUCUCCUUUAGGUGGGGAUUACCUAGUUUUGAGAGCUAGAGAAAUGUUGGAAAGCUUAGGAAUUGAUUUAACUCCAUCAGUAUUGAUAGCAAACAAAGAAGUAAUUAGGGAUAAAGACAAACCAAGAUAUACCAAGAAAACUUUUCCUUUAGAAAUAACCAAUAGUUGGAUGUCCUAUAUGACAAGAAAAACUGUACAGGAUUUCCAGCAAAGUGUUCUACAGGUAUCAGAGUCUCCUUAUGAUGAAAGAGUUGCUGCUAGCAUUCCCAUGGUACAUCAUGAAUUCCCUACAGGUUACCAUCAAGAUUUUGGCCCAGAAAGGUUCAAGCUAGCAGAAGGAUUAUUUGAUCAUGCAAUGCUUGGAGCAGGAUACAUCGCUGCAACCAGUGCAGGAAUGUGUGAUGUAGACAUUCGUCCAGCCUUAUAUAGUUCAGUGGUGUUAACUGGAGGGAAUUCUCUUGUACAGGGAUUCAGUGACCGACUGAGCAAAGAUCUCUCAUCAAGGACACCAGGCUCAAUGAGGUUAAAAAUGAUAGCUGCCAAUGGUACUGUAGAAAGGAGAUUUGGUGCCUGGGUGGGAGGAUCUAUAUUAGCUUCAAUUGGUACUUUCCAGCAAAUGUGGAUGUCUAUGCAGGAAUAUCAAGAAUGUGGAAAAGCCCAGAUAGAUCGCAAGUGCCCCUGAAGUUUGAACUUUUCUUCUUAAUAUUUUUUUAGUGAUAUUUUUUACAUGAACGCCAUUAUGUAGAAUUGAUUCAGAUUGAGUUUCUAAAAGCUUGUUUCGAAUAUUUCACUUAAAUUGAGCCUAAAAAAUAUCAUUCAACAUUAAGUGUAACCCUUGAAACUCUUGUUUAUAUGAAUGUCUAAAUAUAAUAAUUUAUAUUCGAUAAUAAUUUGAAAAGAAAUUAAUGACCAAAACUGGUAAGUGAAGAAUGAUUUAUGAAAGAAAUAAAAGUUUUCAAGUAGA